AUGUCCGAUCCAUCGAUCGUUGAGGAAGAUGGCUCAAGGGGCAUGAGAUCCGGUUCCGUCGCCGGAGCUUCUACGGGUUCUGCCGCUGCUGGUGCACCUCAGGAAAGACAACAAGACAGACUUAUCGUCGUGGUAUGCGUCGCAGCAGUCUACACCUCCACACCCGAAGAUGUCGAAGUUAUCAAAACCUGGCCGGGAGGCAACGGCAUCACAUCCGACAAAGUCCCCACUGAAAUCUCCUAUAUAACCCCUCCGGGCGCCACGAGUGUCCAAGCAAACAAAUGGGGCUUCCAAUUCAAACCCGAAGAAGAGCGUCUUCGCUGUAUCAAGCUCUUCUUGGAUCGAAACCAAAAACUCCCUCACUUCGUCUCGCCGCUCGAAACAGCUGCCCAGCUUCGCAAGUACAAUAAGAAUGUAGUCGAUGCCGUUUCCGAUUAUUUGACCGCUAUAUACAAGCAUACCAUGGAUACGCUGGGAAGACGGUACGGUGAUAGUUUUAUGGCUAGUACGAAGGUGGAGUUUGUGCUCACUGUUCCAGCGGUUUGGAGCGAUGCGGCGAAAAACGCGACUUUGCAGGCAGCAGAGAGGGCAGGGAUGGGUAACAGGCACGAUUUGAGACUUAUUAGCGAACCUGAGGCGGCUGCCGUGUACACACUCAAGGCGAUCCAACCGAAUCAUUUGAAGGUUGGGGAUAACUUCAUUGUGUGCGAUGCUGGUGGUGGUACAGUGGACUUGAUUUCUUAUAAGAUAACGCAAAUCUCGCCGCUGAGGGUAGAGGAGUCUGCAGUUGGUACUGGUGGGCUCUGCGGGUCUGCCUUUUUGAACUAUAGGUUCGAGGACCACGUUAAAUCUAGAGUCGGAACUUCGGUCUACAAUGCCAUGAAACCACGGACAAGAAUGAUGGGAUUGAAGUACUGGGACGAAUACGUCAAACGAAACUUCAAUGACGAAGAUCAAGAGCUUCCUGUUCCAUUCCCUGGAUUGGUGGAUAACGAGGAGGCGGGUGUAGAAGGUGGCUUCUUGGUCUUGACGAGAGAGCACGUGAGAGACAUCUUUGAGCCUAUCAUCAAAGAGGUUGUGGAACUCGUGGAGGGCCAGGUGGAGACUAUAAAGAGGAGAGGCGGGGCAAUUGCAGGCAUUGUGUUGGUUGGUGGUUUUGGCCAGUCGAACUACCUGUAUAACAGGUUGAAGAGCCACUUCAAUGCGGCGCCACCGCCUUACUCCGAGCGGCCGACGAAUCAUAGCAUCGUGGAGGUCAUGCAACCUGUGUAUGCAUGGACUGCCGUGGUGCGUGGAGCUGUUCUUCGUGGAUUGGAAGGAUCUAUGGUAGUCAGUCGACGAUCGAGAUGGCAUUACGGGACUAGUUACGCUACAGUCUUCGACGAAGAGAAACACCCUAUAUCAGAUCGAUAUUGGUCGCCAUUAUGGGAGCGGUGGAUGGUUAGUGACCGAAUGCAGUGGCACAUUGCGAAGGACGAGAAAGUAUCAGAACGCAAAGCCGUGUCAUUCCACUACACCCGCAAUUUCAGGCCGGGCCAGUCAUUGAUAGUAGAAGAUGACUUGAUCGCCUGCGACAUGGACGUUGCACCUGACUCGAUGAAGAAGGGGCUUAUCAACGUGUGCACGUUAACAACGGACCUUAAUGCGGUUCCGAAGUCGCUGUUUACGAGACUGACGACGAGCAAGGGCAUUGAGUUCGAUAAUUUGGAUUUCACGUUAGAUAUGACAAUCGAUUCGGCAAGUUUGAUCUUUGAGUUGAAGGUGGAUGGGGUGCCGGGACCUUGCAACCCCUCACUAACCCUUCUCAAAUCCUCAACCGUGACUUCCUACUCUCAAGAACCGUUUUACGGGGGUGCAGGUUGGAGACAACAGCAGGGCACAGGUUAUCAACAGUCUGCAGUCCCACCUUCGCCUAGUACUUACUCACCUUCCUACCGAGGUGGAGGAGGAGGCGCCGCCGGUGGUGGUCCAGGCGGGUACGACGACUACGAACCCUCCAGCGUCGGUUCCUCCUACUACGACCCUUCAGCAUAUGGGGGCGGCGCACCCGAAUAUCAUUACCUAUCCAGCAGUAACCAAUCCCAACGGGCUUCUCAGCCCAGAUCUAGAAAUCGAAGCCAGAGCCAUACCCAACGAGAGGGUUCCGGUGUUGGAGGAGGAGGAGGCUCUGGUGGCGCCGGCGGCUCCGGUGUAGCUGGUUCUGGUUCUGGUGCUGUUCCUUUACCACCCCGUGCUUCAACAAUCCAGAGCCAGCACGCACAGACACAUCAUAGAUCUCACUCAUUCAGUAGUGCUUCCGCAAAUCCCAGGUUAAAUAUCCAUACCCAGGAUCCCGCGGCCCACGUUCAUACCCCUCGUCACGGAGGUGCAGAAGAUCCUUGGGCGACUCCAAGGCCAGGUAGACGAAGUUUUACACAAAGAGACGCUUCGGAUCGUGAAAGGGAGACCGUAAGGGAGAAGAGUCGUCAGAAAGGUCCUCCUUCUGGGGAUUUCUUCCCCCCCGGGGCGGCUGCUCGUCUCUCUGAGAUCAUCCCCGCUCCUACCCCACCUGUACCUGAAUAUAUCAACAAACGGGAAAGACGGUCAAGAAGGACGACUAGAACCUCACAAUCUUCAGUAAAAUCUCCAUUAUACGAAGACUACGUUUCAUAUACCGGCGGUGAAAGCGCAUUCGAAGAACCUAUAAUCCCUCCACCCGCACCGGCCCCACCAAGCCGUCCCGAAUCCGUCGAUCCAGACGAACUAAAACGUCGCGAUAAGGAAAAACGUCGAGAAGCCCGUGAAGCCCGCGCGAAGGAACAACGUGAAAAGCUAGCAAAACAAGAAGAAAAGAACCGCCAGAGGGCUGAACGUAAAGAACGUAAACGAGCUGAACGGGAAAAUUCCUUCGCCUCGGAAACUUCCACCGACCCUUAUUCUUACCAACCACAAUCGGCUGCUACUAGCCAUUACUCGGCCUACGGCGAGUCUCCGUACGGAAGCUAUACUACUCCUGUUGUUGACCCUUAUCAAACUGGUAGUCACGGUUCUCAGCACGGUUUCCCACCCCCUAUUCCACCCGCUUAUCCUUAUAUCCCUAGUGACGCAUACGCCGCUCCACCAGUGGUCGGGGCAGAAGCGCCCUUUGGUUUCUCAGACCCGGCAACUACCUUUGUCGCACCGACAUAUGCACCCACCCCCCCACCUCCACCAACAUUAACCCCAUCCCCACUCCAAACAAUCCAACGUGAGGGCUCCCGUGUCAACUCCCCUCUCCCCAGAAAAACAAGAACAAGCAGCGGUUCAACCGAACUUCCAAGACCUCGACGAGGAGACUCAAAAGGCGAAGAAGAUUACUACGCCGGUAGCGUAAAGGGUUCAGACUACGAAGGCGGUACAACCGGCCGAAAGGCCUCAAAGAGUAGACCUUCAAAACUCGCAGCAGAAUACGACAGCGGGCGUUACUCCCCGCGUCCACCAUUCAAACGUCGAGGCUCGAACGUUCCUUCCGAAAGAGACCCAAGUGAUAUCAUCGAACGUCGAGGAACUCCAAAGUUGAACAUCAAGGCCAUCGAAGCCCCACCACCACCACCACUAACUCGACAUCGUAGACGUAGAGAAUCAGAUUCAUACCACAGCGUUAGAGACGACGGUGAUAGCGAAGGUAGUACCGCACCAAUUGCAAUCCCAGGCGGCGAUUCACGAAAGCCUAGAAGAAAUAAAACUCUUCCUACCCUCGACACUUCUCGUGCAUAUAGUCCUAGCGCACAAGGUAGCAUCCGUCGGCCACAAAAACUACUCGAAAAACCGGGCAGGAGGUAUAGCUCCAACUCUUCUCGACCGAAUUCAGUCGCAGAUUCAUACUCCAGAUCUCCAGAGGAACUUACAGAGGAAAGCGAGAGCGAGGAAAGUGAGAGCGAAUCCGUUAGUCAUACCGAUUCUGAGGACGACGAAGGGACAGUACUCGGCACUCCAGAGGUUGUUAAGACUAAACAGGGUAUCAAACCCUCUCAAAUUUCGGUAAAGAAAGGGUCUGGAAGGAGUUCUAGGAAGGAAUCGAGGGGAUCUCCACUUGCUAUCACCUGGGGCGGUGAGGACAUCGAAGAAAAGCAACAACGGGAUAAAGAGGACGAAGAGGAAGCUGCAGCUGGAAAGAAGAAGUCGAAGCGAACUACUACUAGCAAACGAAAGAAGCAUCAGCUUUCAGUCGAAACCAGGGCGGACGACGAAGAUCAACCAGCGGAGGAAGUCGAAGAAGCAGAGAAACCUCGAAAGCCACGCAAAGCUAAGAAAUCAAAGUCAAAAUCAAAGAAGGAGAAAACCCCAGAACCGAUCAACGAGUCAGCUAUCACCGAAGAAUCAGAGGCACCAAACGACUCUCAAGCCGUUGUAAGCGACACCGAAGAGGAAGGGAAAAAAGCAGAAUCCGAAUCCGAACACAGCAUCAAAAUCCUAUCUCCAAGUUCAUCGGACCACUCCCCAAAAACUCGUAAAUCCAAACGAGCCCAAGAAAGAUCCGCAUCCCCAAACCCUCUUUUAAAUAUUCCAACAUCCGUAUCUCGUCCCCCAUCCUCCCACGGAAGCCGCAGGCGCAGAAGAAGUAGCAAGAAAUCCGCAACUCCACCACCACAAAGCCCCACCAGCCUCUCCCACAGCGAGCCGAGCAUCAAGAACAACUCAGACUCAUCCGAAGAAUCCGACUCCAGCAGCAACAAAACCGACGCCGAAAACGAAGUCGCUCAAAACUCCCAGGCUCUACCCAUAGCUAUUCCGGGAUCCGCCCCAAGAUCAAGAGCAUCCACACCGAGUGCCCGCUCCCCAGCAACCAAGAAAACAACCCCUCUCCUUCGCGCAUCUACCCCCGUAAACCUCCCAAAGCUCCCAACUCCGACUGGUAGUAUCAGCGGUAGCCUUAGACUUGCAGGUGCCCCAAGAAGGCCACUCAAGAGAUCUCCUAUUUCGGGUAUCUCCCGCGCUCUAUCGCCUUUAGCAGCCGCAGCCGCAACUACUGCACUCGCAGGCACAGAGAUCGAAGCAGCCCUUGAGAAGUCGAGAGAGGAAGCGUCUGGGACAAGCGAGGAAGAAGAUAAGGCCAAAGCAGGAGAGAAGUCUGCCUCCGAAAGCGACACCGAGGGGUCUGAUAAAGGAGAGGACAAGCCACCAAGCCCUACCGAAGAGGGUGUCGAAAAGGCCGAAGAGAGUACUUUAGAAGUCUUCGAGCUUGUGGACCCAGAAACACCGGUAGCGGGUAAAGGCGAAAAAUCCUCAUCUGAGGAAUCAAGCUCGGAAGACGAGCACUAUAAAUCAGCGUCAGAAAUCGAUACGGAAGAUAAAAAGCUUCCAGAAGGGCUUCCAGCAGCAGAUCAGGAAGAAGCAGAAGCAGCUCCUGAAGAGCAAGCCGAAACUACCAGAUCGGCCACGAAGCCUGAGUCUGUGGACUCAUCUUCUGAAGAAGAGUCAGAUAAAGAAGGCACCGCAAAGAAAGAAAAACCUACAUCUGCUGCACAUAAAGACGACCCUCUUGCAUUUGGGGACGAGAAGGAAGAAUCCAGUGAGGAGUCAAGCAGCGGGAGCGAAGGAUCACAUUCGGAUUCUGAGGAUAGCUCCAAGAGCUCUAAGGAUCUGCCAGACACAAAGUCAGCCAAGAGUUCCCGACGUAAUAGCGUGGCAAGUAGGGCAAGCCGGGCUAGCUCUAAUAUGAAACGUAAAGAUCCAACAUCACCAACUGGUUCGAGCAUUCGCCGAGGUUCAAUACCCGAGACAACCACCCGAGGAGCCUCCUCGGAUGCAGAUAAAGACGAGGAUAUAGUUAGUCCCGUUACCGCAUCUAGAGAUCUCGACGGAGAUAUUUCUAUGCUCGACAAUUUACAGGAUAUGGCUGAGAAUAUUGUUGCUCAGUUGUCAGGUGGAGCGAAGGAGGAUUUUGAGGAUAUGUUGAAGAAGUAUAAGCGAGAUGUUGAAAUUCUACGGAGUGCAUGUGACGACGCUAUUAAAGAGCGGGAUAAGCUUAGUAAGAGGCUAGAUAAGGCUGAUAGAGCUUACGAGAGGAAGGAUAAUGAUCUUAAGGAUGCAAAGAAGGCAUAUGAUGACCUGAGUCGUCGAGUCGAUGACCUUCGGGGACAGCAUGACAUGGACGUUAAGCGCGCCAUCUCAGUGCGUGACAAGGACUGGGAUAAGACCUGGACAGAGAAAAACAAGCAUCUGAUCAAAGAUCUUGAGCAAGCGAGAAGCCAACGCCAUUCGCUUGAGAAGAUCAUUGCUGAGAAAGAUGAAUUGGUUUCUGAGCUUGAGGAACAGAUUCAAAGACUUAAGCAUGAUAUCAGCAUGAGCACUCGCACAGAGGCCCAGAAGACCGAUGAUCUGUUUAAUCAGGAAAUUGGGGAUCUGUGGAGAAAUAUGCAGCAGUGGGUGUUUUUGAACUUCAAGGGCAAGAUUAAUUUCGACGGUCUACCUGAAAGCGUGCAAUUAACACUUUCCACUGUCACAAACGGCAAUCCAAAACUCAUCCUUUCCAAAAAGAUAUUUGUCAUUUCCGCCCUUAUCUCAAAAUACCUACUUGACCAUGUCUUCAACGCCUAUAUGUACGGUAUGACCCAAGAAACAAAUGACGGUCUCGCCGCUCUUGAGCAAUACCUAGCUUCCCUCUCCGACGCCCCCUCAUACGACGCCGCAAUCAACCGCUGGCGUGCCCAAACCCUUACCAUGAUCAGAAAGCACUCCAUGCCAACCCUUGGAAACGCGCCACUCGCCAGCGCCACCAAACUCUCCACGACCGAAGCAUUCCUAACCACCUCCCUCGAAGACCUACUUCUCCACCUAUCCACCGCCCUAGCACCCCUCGGUCUCUCGACAGCAUCCGAACCCCGAGAAAAGCUACGAAGUAUUCUCGAAACGGCAGCAGGGAUUGCAGUUGAUUUGAGAGUUCAGAGAGCACGGUUCGCGGUUAGUCCGGUGAAUUUGUUGGGAGAGGAGUUUAAUGCCGAGACGAUGGAUGAUCUUGAUGGACAUGAGGAUGAGGAUUCUAAUGGACGGAAAGUUGCGUGUGUGGUUUGGCCGGCUGUGUGGAAGAGUGGAGAUGAGAAUGGGGAGAACACGCAUUUGAGGAAUUUGAUUUAUAAGGCGCAGGUAUUUUUGGUUGAUUGA